CCAAAUUCAAAGUUCGAAACAAGUUCUCAAUCAUGGUAAAAGGCACAAUCGCAAUCGAAGAGGCCAUAAUCGACCCGUCAGGCGUCGCAGGCCUUGCAGCAUGGGCAACUCUCCUCCGUCCGGGCCAAGCACCCAACGUCACACUUACAGCUCACGAGAAGCGCCUUCUCGAUAUCCACGAUGACCGUCUGAAGAACAUGGACGAGCAUGGUGUCGAAUACAUGCUUCUGUCUCUCACAUCUCCAGGGGUUCAAGCCGAGACCGACCCAGCGAAAGCCGAAGAAAUGGCGAGAGUAGCAAACGAUUACUUGGCUAGAGAAGUGAAGAAGAAUCCCGCGAGGUUUGGAGCGCUGGCUGCUGUGUCUAUGCAUGAUCCUGUUCAGGCGGCACAGGAAUUGAAACGUGCUGUCGAGGAACUUGGCAUGUUUGGUGGGUUGGUGAAUGAUUUUCAGAGCACGGGAGAUGGAAGUGGGAAGGAGUGGUUUGACACCGAGAAAUUUUGGCCGUUUUGGGAAAUGGUGCAAGAGCUUGAUGUGCCGAUAUAUUUUCAUCCAAGGUAUAGGAUCGAGCAUGAUUUGACAGCUGAUCAACCGUAUGGGACCAGGAAGCAUAUGCUGGGUGCUGGUGUGCAGUUUCAUCUGGACUUGUCGUUUCACUUGUAUGCCAUGUGCUCGAGCGGGAUUUUUGAUAAGUAUCCAAAAGUUCAGAUUGUGGCGGGACAUUUGGGAGAAAAUAUCCCACUAAAUCUCUGGAGAGCUUCUCACUGGAUCAAUCACCCUUACAAGAGAGAUACUCGGCCGUGCAAACAAGACUACUUGUAUUACUUCAAACACAAUGUCCAUAUUACGACCUCUGGGAACUUCUACACAGCGGGGCUCAAGUUCUGCAUCCAAGAGCUUGGAGUUGACAGAUGUUUAUACGCAAUUGACACCCCUUAUGAAAAUAUAAAGGAAGGGCAAGACUGGUGGAAAACUGUUGAUCUUCCAGCAGAUCAGAAAGAAGCUGUUGGGAGGGCGAAUGCUAUCCGACUCUACAAACUACCAUUGGAGAUAUGA